AUGAAAAAUUUAAAUAAAUGCUUAGGCUGCUCCGAGCGGCGGGAGGGCGGCGGGGCGCGGGGAUCCGAGCCGAGCGCUUCCAAGGGGCAGCCGCCGCUGAAGGCGCGUCGGGGGCCGGGCGGGCAGCGCAGCCGCUGCGGAGCGGCCCCGGCUCGGCCACUGAGCAGCGCCCCCGAGGCCGCCCGGGCCCAGGGCAGCGGCGAGACGCGGGCAGCCCGGCCCGGCCCCGCGCCGCCGCUGAGGCCGCGCCCGCCGGCGGCGGAAGGCCGCGCGCUUCCGGGGCGGGGCCUGCGCGGAGCGGCUGGGGCCGCCGUCGCCGUCCGAGGUCUCGGCGUCCGGCGGGCCAUGGGGGAGGCCGGCACGGGGCCCGUGCCCAAGGAGGGGCCGGAGCCCGAGGAGGACGAGGCGGCGGCGGCGGGCGGGGGCGGCGCGCGGGGGGGCCGCGCUGGGCCCCGCGGUGGCAUCCGGGUGCUGAAGAGAAACGUAAAGCGCAACGGGACCAGGAGCUGCUUGAACAGGACUCGGUUUGGCUCCCGCGAGAGGGACUGGCUGAGGGAGGAUGCUGGACGAGGCUGCGUGUACGUUUAUGGAAGAGAUUCCGCGUCUUGUGCUUCCUCUGACUUGCGCCUGGUCCUCUGUACGGUGGACACCCCCGCCUCCGAGAUAUGUGAUGGAGAAGAGAGAAGAAACCUUUUCUUGCAACUUCACGGAGACCUGGUCAGGAGGCUGGAGCCCACAGAAAAACCCCUUCAGAUUGUGUAUGACUACUUGGCUGGGCUGGGUUUUGAUGAUCCUGUCAGAAUGCAGGAAGAGGCAGCAAACUCUGAUCUCAGCUGUAUGAUCCGCUUUUAUAGUGAAAAGCCAUGUCAAGUAGAACAGUUAGAUCGCAUCCUGCUCUCUGGAAUCUAUAAUGUACGCAAAGGAAAGACCCAGUUGCACAAAUGGGCUGAACGCUUAGUAAUUCUCUGUGGUACCUGCCUCAUUGUAUCCUCUGUGAAAGAUAGCCACACAGGGAAGAUGCACAUCUUGCCUCUUGUUGGAGGGAAGGUGGAAGAAAUGAAACGUCGGCAGUACACUCUUGCUUUCACAUCUGCUGGAGCACAAGCGCAAACAUACCAUGUCUCCUUUGAAACGCUGGCAGAGUGCCAGCGGUGGCACCGACAGGCAUCCACGGUUGUGUCUAUGCGACUUAGCAUGGUUGAUCUUUCAUGCUACAGCCUUGAGGAAGUACCUGAGCACCUCUUCUACAGUCAAGACAUCAUCUACCUCAACCUACGACACAAUUUUAUGAGAUCAUGUGGAGCAGGGAGUCUUGACUCCCUUUGCAGGUUUUCUCAAUUGAAGAGCCUGAACCUGUCUCAUAAUAGACUGGGAGAGUUUCCUCUAUCACUGUGUGAGAUCUCUACUCUGACAGAGCUUAAUGUCUCCUGUAAUGGACUACAUUGUUUGCCAACACAGAUUGGCAAACUAUUGAAUCUCCAGAGCUUCUGGCUAGAUGGGAAUUUCCUCACAUCCUUACCAGAAGAGCUGGGAAGUCUGCAGCAGCUCAGCUGUCUUGGGCUUUCCUUCAAUAACUUCCGUGAGCUACCAGCAAUUUUUGAGAAAUUAACUUUUUUAGACAAACUAGCACUAGCAGGGAAUUUGCUAGAGACCCUGGACCUUGCAGUGCUGAACCGUAUGAGUCACAUCAAAAGCGUGGACCUGAGGCUGAACAACCUGAAGAGAGCAGCAGAUGACACUCCAGAGGGGAAUAAAUCUGUGACUUACAUGGAUUUACGAGACAAUCAUCUGACAGACCUGGAUCUCAGCUCAUUGGGCAGCCUGGAGCAGUUGCACUGUGAACGGAAUAAGCUAAAAGAGUUGACACUGAGUGGCUUCUCCCUUCGGGCCCUUUAUGCCAACAACAACUGUCUUACUUCUGUCAAUGUUUAUCCAGUUCCUGGUCAACUGACAUGUCUAGAACUCGUCCACAAUCAGCUGCAGUGUGUCCCAGACUGGGCCUGUGAAGCAAAGAAACUGGAAGUUUUGGAUAUGAGCUACAACCUCCUUGUGGAACUCCCAUCAAGGAUCCUCAGCACCUUGAGCCUUCGGAAGUUGAUGGUGGGGCACAAUAAUCUGCAGAGCCUCCCACCUCUUCUAGAACACAUUCCACUGGAGGUGCUGGAUCUUCAGCACAACCUGUUGACUGAACUCCCUGAGAUGCUCUUUUUCAAGGCUCUGAACCUCAGGUACCUGAAUGUAUCUGCAAACAGCCUGGAAUCCUUGCCCUCUGCAUGUACAGGGGAGGAGAGUCUGAGCAUGCUGCAGCUGCUUUACUUGACCAAUAACAACCUCACAGACCAAUGCAUCCCUGUCUUGGCGGGACACACAAGUCUACGGAUCCUGCAUCUGGCAAACAACAACUUACAGGCGUUCCCUGCAAGCAAACUCAGUAAGCUGGAGCACUUGGAAGAGCUGAAUUUGAGUGGCAACAAACUGAAAACAAUUCCCACAACAGUGGCAAACUGCAAGCUACUUCAUACUCUUAUUGCACACUCAAAUGAAAUCAGCAUCUUUCCAGAGAUCCUGCAUUUGCCCCAUAUUCAGAUUGUGGACUUGAGUUGCAAUGAGUUAACUGAAAUCCUCAUUCCUGAGGCACUGCCAGCUACCUUGCAAGAGUUGGACCUGACUGGAAACACAAACCUGGUCCUAGAACACCAGACACUGGACAUCUUCAGUCACAUUUCUACUCUGAAGAUUGAUGCUAAGCCCUCCCUCACAACUGACUCAGCACUCACUUCCACCUUCUGGAGUCAUGGAAUAGCUGAGAUGGCUGGCCAAAGAAAUAAGCUAUGUGUGUCAACGCUGGCAAUGGGAAGCUUUGCGGAAGGAGUGGAGGCUGUGUAUGGCAUGUUUGAUGGUGAUAAGAAUGAGGAGCUGCCACGUCUACUGCAGUGCACCAUGGCUGAUGUGCUCCUGGAGGAGGUACAGCAGUCGGACACGAUGUUCAUGUCCAACACCUUCUUGGUCUCCCACAGGAAGCUGGGUAUGGCUGGACAGAAGCUGGGUUCCUCUGCUGUCCUUUGCUAUAUUCGUCAUGAUUUGUCUGAUCCAGCCAGCAACUUUUCUCUGACGGUGGCCAAUGUUGGGACAUGCCAAGCCAUUCUUUGCCGAAGUGGAAAACCUCUGCUCCUCUCCAAAGUCUUCAGCCUCGAGCAAUGUUCAGAAGAUGCUAAGAGAAUCAAAGAGCAAAAAGCCAUUAUAACAGAGGACAAUAAGGUCAAUGGUGUGACUUGCUGUACUCGGAUGCUAGGCUGCACAUACUUGCAUCCUUGGAUCCUGCCCAAGCCACAUGUCAGCUCCAUUCCACUGACUGUACAAGAUGAGCUGCUACUUCUAGGGAACAAAGCUCUCUGGGAACACCUUUCUUACACAGAGGCUGUCUCAGCUGUGCGCCAUCUACAUGACCCACUAGCUGCUGCAAAGAAACUCUGCACUUUAGCCCAAAGCUAUGGUUGCCAGGACAAUGUAGGUGCAAUGGUGGUGUGUCUGAACAUCAGUGAGGACAGCUGCACCUGUGAGAUGCAUGGCAUCACUCUGCCAGGCCCUGGGGGAUUUAGUUCCACCACCGCCAAACCAGCAACACCUUCAUCUAGCAGCGGAAUUGCUUCAGAGUUCAGUAGCGAACUGUCUGCUUCUGAGGUUAGCAGUGAGGUGGGCUCUACUGCUUCAGAUGAGCACAAUGCUGUUGGUCUUGAUGGCAGCUUGCUACCACGACAAGAGCGACGUUGCAGUCUACAUCCUUUGCCCCCCUCAAGUAUCUUUCAGCGCCAACCUUCCAGUGCCACCUUCUCUAGUAACCAGUCUGACAAUGGCCUGGAUAGCGAUGAUGAACAGCCUGUGGAAGGUGUGAUGACAAAUGGCAGUAAAGUGGAGGUAGAGGUGGACAUCCACUGCUGUAAAGGAAAGGGCCUGGAGUUCGAGCCUCCUGCCUUAGAGUACAGCUCCUCUGCUCCAGGGCCAGAGGAUGACUCUGGGCUUGUCCUCAUCAUUCAGAGACAGAACAGUGUAAACAGUGGCACUGCACAGGGAGGGAUCAAGGAAAAGUGUGAACUGCAGAAAUCUCCUUCCACAUGCUGUCUCUAUGGAAAGAAGCUUUCCAACGGCUCCAUAGUGUCCUUGGAAGAAAGUCUUAACCUCAUCGAAGUAGCCACAGAGGCACCCAAGAAGAAGACAGGCUAUUUUGCUGCUCCAUCCCAGAUGGAGCCAGAGGAUCAAUUUGUGGUGCCACCUGAUCUGGAGGAGGAAGUGAAGGAACAAAUGAAGCGACACCAGGACAAUGGAGCAGAUCAGGAGCAGAAAGAGGAAUCUGCAGUGGUUCUGCCAGAGGAGUUUGACACAGCUUUGUAGUCCUACAAGUACUGCUCCCAUAUUGUUUGUCCCAGGAAGCUUUGUCCCAUAAGGGCUGUCUCUCUCUUCAAAGAGAGCUGGGAUCUGCAGAGAGUACAGGCAUCUGCUGCUUCCUUAAUGGAAUGGAGGAGGAAUGGUAGUGCUAAGGUUUGGGCUGUCCACUUUUUGCUGUAGUCUGUUGUUCUGUGAGUGUUCAGAUCAGCAGUUGAGCUCUGUAUUGGGGACUGUCCAGAAAUUGUGCAAACACUAGUAAGAAGGCAGGUGUUCUAGCGCCUGCCUCUUGCUCCUUGAACCCUCAGGUUCUGCCAGCUCUGCUGGAAAGGAGCUGGAAUAUGCUGGGGGGGGGGGAGGGGGGAGAGGGGAGGCAGGGGGCUUAGCUGCUGAGGGGGAAGUAUGCAGUGUUUGGAGUCCUGUGAAUAUUUCUGACAUAGGUCCUCCUGGCAGCACCUGACUUCAUUAUUCCUUGAAAGAAUACAGCCAGUUGCAAUGAAGCUGACGCAAGAAUGGUUUCCUACACGAAUUGCAAGCACUUUUACUGAUUGCACUUAAGCUGUUCUGUUCCCCUUCAGCCCAGCACUUUACUACUUAGGGCCAGGGGAGAGAGCACUCCAGUAUCCCUGUCCACAGCAGGUGGGGGAGACUUUUCCCAGUGGCUAUUUGUUAGGGCACUAGAGGACUCAGGGUACUGGUGUUCUGAUGAGCACCAGUGCAGGUAGAGUGAGGAUUAUAAUGGGAUCAGGCUAUGCAGAAUGAAAAAAUACACAGCUGGGUGAUAAGUGGUUGUCUACUGUUGCAUUUUACAUGGGGCAUAAAAAAGAUCAGCUCUGGACUUACUGAUUGAGGUAACAUGUAGAGCCAGUGCUAGCUGCAGAGCACAGACACAGCUCAGCAACUUGUCUACUUCCAUCACAGAUGCUUCACAGUAGAGGCUUCCUAUAUCCAGAAGACACAUCGUGAAACCAUGAACUCCUGCUUGUUUUAGUGAGGUACUCA